AUGCAAAAUUUCGUGGCAUAUAUUGCCAUCAUAUUCGGUUGUUGUGGUUUUAUUUUGGUGGCCAGUGAAAGCUACUAUUCCAUAAUUGCACCGGGUGUCGUAAAAUCAAAUCAUAAAUAUACGAUAGUCGUGACGUUACACGAAGCACCGGAACCGGUAAAAAUAAAUCUACGCAUGCAAGGACCAUCGUAUCACAUGCAAGGUGAUGUCUAUUUGCAGUCAUAUGAAACAAAAAUUGUGACAUUUCUACCGCCGAAAUUGUUGAGUGGUGAACAUAAAUUAAUUGCCGAAGGUCUAAGUGGUAUACGAUUUCGAAAUGAAACUCGUUUAAUUGCCGAUCCAUUUGCUGGACCAAAAAUCUACAUACAAACGGAUAAGGCCGUAUUCAAACCGGGUGAUGUGGUACAAUUUCGUGUGCUGAUAUUGGAUGAAAAUACAAGGCCGUUGAAGAUCAACGAGCCGAUACGUGUUGAAAUUAUGGAUGACAAAGAAAAUCGCGUGAAACAAUUUAAGGAUAUUGCCCUCGUGAAGGGUGUAUAUAAAAAUAAAUUUCAACUUUCCGAAUAUCCUGUAAUGGGCGAUUGGUAUAUACGAGUCUAUAUAAGCGGCAAAUAUGAUUAUAGCAGGCAGAAACGUAUCCGAGUACAAAAAUAUGUCUUGCCCAAAUUUAGCGUUUACAUUGAAUCCGAUAAAUAUAUCAUUUUGGGUGAUCGAAUGUCUUUAAAGGCGACAAUUUUUGGAAAAUAUACAUUCGAGAAAUAUGUCGAAGGUCAUGCGGUUAUUAAACUGAUCGAGCCCGUGAAAGACACUGUUCUUGAAGAAAAACAGGUUCAUGUGAAAGAUCAGCUGGAGGUUGUUUUCCAUUUGAAAGAUUCGGCAAUAUUGCGAGCUGUACAAGGUUUAAAUCUAAUCGUUGAAUUGACGGAAAAACAUACGGGCCUAACGAGAAGUGAGCGGGCCUAUAUUGAGGUGCAUAACAAACCAUUCAAUAUGUUCGUGGAUUCCAAAUCCAUCGAAUUUUUCAAAAAUAAACCUUUUCGAUUGAAACUUAGUGUGAAUGAUUGGGAUGGCAAGGCCAUUGCAGAUCCGAAUAUGCCGGUAACAAUGGACCACGGUGGCAGGAAGUAUACGGCCUAUUUGGAUAGCCAAGGUGAAGCAACAUUUGAAUUUGAACACGAAUCGAAUUCGAAUCAUCUAUUUGAAUAUGGCAAUGUUACGUAUAAACUGGCGAAUAUAUUGGCCUAUGAACCGCUUAAUACAAAUAAAACCGAAUCAUAUUUUAAGCUGACGGUGUUGAAUAAUAAACUUCGUUUGGGUACCACUGUCCAACUUGAAGUGUCCUCCACAAAGGAUAUACCCUACUUGGUGUAUACCAUUGUCGGUCACUCCGCUAUUAUAACCGGUGAUCAUGUAACAUUAAAGCCAAAUCAAAAAACCCACAUCAUAGAAAUAAUACCGUCCAUAGAUAUGAUACCCUACGCCUUUGUCUAUGUCCACUACGUUGAUGAGGGUAAUUUGCGUUAUGAGGAAAUUAAAUUAACAUUUCCCCUGGAGUUUGAAAACAGGGUAUCAAUUAUGGCGCCCAAACAAGUCAAACCCGGUGAAGAAGUGACAUUAGAAUUGGCAGCCCAACCCAAAUCUUUGGUUGGCGUCCUAGCCGUAGAUUUGGGUGUAUAUCUCUUAGAUUCUUCGUAUGAUUUGCAAAAAUGGUCAAUAUUAUAUUCAUUGAAAGCCGAUACAUCAUCGGUGGCUUUUCGCGCUCUGGUAUAUCCGGGAUAUUUGUCAGGUGUCAUCACCAUGACAAAUGCUCACUAUAUAUUUAUCCCGUUGAAUGAUAUUGCUGUUUAUAGUCCCGCUGCUAUAGGUCCCUUAAAUUUUCGUAAAAAAUUUCCCGAAACAUGGAUAUUUGAAAACUAUGAAAUCACCAAAAAUACCACCCAACUGACCCUCAACAUUCCCGACACAAUUACCACCUGGCGUGUCACCGCAUUUUCUGUAAAUGAAAAAACCGGAUUUGGUAUUGUCGAUGGUCCCACCGAUAUUACAACAAUCCAACCGUUUUUCAUCAAUCUCAAUCUACCAUAUUCGGUAAAGCGUGGUGAAAUUGUCAGUAUACCAAUACUAAUACACAAUUAUCAUGACGAGCCGGUGGAUACUGAAAUUACAUUCUUUAAUGAAAAUUCCGAAUUUUAUUUUAUGGAAUCGACAAUUUUUAAUGCCGAUGAAGGUUCGACGGAAAGGAUGCGUAUUAAACGGCAUACAGUAUCGGCAAACAAUGUUAGUACAGUUGCAUUUCUCAUUAAUCCCCGGCAGGUGGGAGAGGUGAAGCUGCGCAUCACGGCAACCACCCCCUUAUCAUCAGAUGCUGUAGAACAAUUAAUCAAGGUGGAACCAGAAGGUGUAAAGAAACAAGAAACUAAGAAUUUAUACAUCAAUGACCUGCCUGAGGAACGGAUGCAGGCUACAUUUCUAUUGAAAAUUCCUCAAGGUAUUGUACCCGAUUCGGAAUUUAUUACCCUGACAAUGGGUGGUGAUAAUUUGGCACCGACCAUCAAGAAUCUGAAUGGUCUGGUGGCCAUACCCACCGGCUGUGGCGAACAAAAUAUGGUGAAAUUUGCUCCAAAUGUUUUGGUUCUACAAUAUCUUCGGGCAACGGGAAGACAUUAUCGGGAGAAGGCCUUGGCAGCUAAGGCCAAGCAUUAUAUUGAGCUAGGCUAUCAACAACAGCUGUCAUAUCGAGGGGCAUAUCAUUGA